CAUACGGCAGCGAAAGUUCGCCCCAAACAGAAGCAGAUUUCAAUUUAACAAGUCCACAUCGACAAAAACGUCACUUUUCAAAAUGAAACAAUUUUUAUUAUUCGGAGCUAUUUUGUCAGUGGCAAUGAUUGCGUAUGGUAUUCCAUCCGGUCAGAGCUUUGGUGAAGUUACUUUCCCAAUUACUAAUGCACAAGUCCAGUGUGGAUUGAAGUUGGCAAAUGAUUUAGUGCAUGAACAUUUCGAACUGAAAGAGUGGGGUGUAGCCAUGGGCAUUAUUACAAAAUCGUUUGCACAAAGUAAUCAAGAAUGUGCAUCACUUCCGGAAGACGAACAAAAAGACUGCUAUGAUGAACUAACGGCUGAAGCUAAGCGAGCUUAUAAAGAACUCAUUAAUUUUCUACCAGAAAACCUUAGAGAACAAUUUAAACAAAAAUUCUUUAAAUGUUUUCAAUAAAAAGAACAUGAACAGUGAACAAAGGAACUGACGAUUACGUAGAAAAAUUUCACAAACAUGUUCGUUGAACAAAUGGUUUGAAUAAAACAGAUGCAAACGAA